CUGCUCCGUCUCCCGGCAGAAUAACCUGUUGCUCUUAGCCGUUUCAGUGCCUGGCGACUUUUCUUUUUUUUUCUUUCUCGCUCUAUUUUUUUGUACAAUUUUGAUAAAUAUAUUCAUAUUUUUGAUUUCCACCGAAAUUAAAUUUAUCUUUUUUAAAUAAAUUACUUUUUUAAAUUUAUUUUGAUUAUUAUUCCAUUUAUUUUAAUUAUUAUUCAAAUGGCGGCGAGAAUUCAAUCUAAAUUAUAUCAAUUGCUGAAAAGACGAAAAAUUGAUGAAAGAGAAAAAGAAGUGAAUAUUGAGGAAGUAGAUAUUGUGCCAACAGGGCAAAGAGAAGAUGCUGAAGAGGAAUCGGACGAGGAAGAACAAGAAAAUAUUGUUGAGUUAGCUGUAGGCUCAACACAAAAAGGAGGAUUAUCUUUGUGGUAUAAUUCAUAUCGCUAUGUAAUGACGUCAAAAAAUUGCAAAAACUGGCGCUGCCCUGAUCGAAGAUGUACAGCAAAAGUGAAAGUGCUUUCAAUUGAAGGCGAGCGUGCUCGAGGUAUUCUAAUAGGCGAGCAUGAUCAUAUGGGGGAUGCUAUCGGAUUUGAGGUCGAAAAACGACGAAAGGUUUUCACCGAACGAAUACAAGAAAAUCCAACAAUUAAAACUAAAAAAUUAACUGAUGAGUUACGCAAAGGAACAGCCGAAGAUACGGAAUUGUUAGUUAGGUAA